AAAUUGGUUGCGUUAAUCAUAUCAGGAUCAAAUUCAUUUGAGACAGUAUUAUUUAAUUGAUUUCUAAAAAUGUCUUGGAUAUAUCGUUGCUUUCUCGGACCGCGUAUAUAUAAAUUAUACCGAUAUGGUAGCAGACAGGGAAGAGAUUAUGAAGGAAAUUUAUUGGAACAUUAUAGUGAUUGCUUAAUCAAAUUUACUACGUGCUCGUUAUCAAUGGCUUGGGCAUUAGGGUUUUAUACAGCACCUUUGCUUGCUAGCUUUAUGUACAGAAAAGGGUACUUCACAAGUGAAGGACUUUUCACUCUUUAUAAAUUAUCUAGCACAUUUGGAAUGUUUAUGUUUGUUUGUAUAUUUAUAAGAGGGCUUGGAAGGAUGAUGAGCAAUGAUUAUAUAACAUUUGUUUCUGUAUUGAAUGCCUACAAGGAGAAUCGAACUAGAGAUAUGAAACUUGAAAUCUGCCAUUAUGAUUUUGAUUUCAGGGAUUGGCCUGUGGAUUUCCAUUGGAGGGAAAGUACACUUGAUAACAGUAAACCUAGACUUUACGUUGAGAAAGGGUUAUCCAGAAGAAGUACUGUGGAGAAAUUCAAGAGUGUUCCAUGCAACAUUUUGAGUUUUAUUGCAAUCCAUACCUUUGGGAGAAUGAUGAUAUAUCCAGGAUCUGUAGGUCUUUUAAACAUGGUUCUUGCUCCAAUGCUUUUAAAAGGUAGAGCAAAGCUGAUGGAAGAAUACAAUGGAGAAAGAUUCAAGCUUCUUACUAAGGAUGGCAAUGAAAUUGACUCAUUGCUUGUUGAUAGAAGAGAAAAUAAUUUCUUCCCCAAUGGAAAUAUUUUGGUUAUUUGUUGUGAAGGCAAUGCAGGUUUUUAUGAAUAUGGCACUACCCUGACCCCUAUUGAAGCAGGAUAUUCAGUAUUAGGUUGGAAUCAUCCUGGAUUCGGAAGUAGUACUGGUACGCCAUAUCCAGAUCAAGAAUUGAAUGCCAUGGACAUUGUUAUGCAGUUUGCUAUUUCUAAACUUGGUUUUAAACCAGAAAAUAUUGUGAUAUAUGCAUGGUCUAUUGGUGGAUAUAGUGCUACUUGGGCUGCUAUGAACUAUCCAACUAUUAAAGGACUAGUCUUAGAUGCUACGUUUGAUGAUUUAGUUGCUUUGGCAGUUGCAAGGAUGCCUCCCAGCUGGAAGCCAUUGGUUGUUCGAGCCAUUCGUGAUUAUAUGGAUUUAAAUAAUGCUGAGCAGUUAUGUAGAUAUGAUGGCCCUGUUAUCUUGAUUCGCCGAACCAGAGAUGAGGUUAUUGCCACUAAUUCCUCCAGAUCCAUUCAAACCAACCGAGGAAAUGAUCUACUUAUUAAAGUUUUUCAAGCAAGGUACCCUAAGAUAGUAAAUAAUGAAACACUUUGGUUACUUAAAGAAUGGCUUUCUGCUGAUAAACACAAUCAAACUGUACUUUGGAGUCAACAUGAAGUUGAGGACGAACUGUGUGACGCAACUUUAAAAUCAUAUGUAGAAGAAAAUGGAUUAUUUUAUCCACUAGAAAUAGGUGAUGAUUUACCUACAAAUAUGAAAUUGCAGUUGCUCCUGUACUUAGCUGAUAAAUAUAUGAUAGACUUUGAUUCAACUCAUUGUGCGCAGCUACCUUCACGAAUGUUUCAGCUACCGUGGAAUGCUAGAAAUAUUUCAGUUAAUCAAAGUAAAGUGGAUACAAAAUCGAGAAUAUAACAUUAGGAGGACAAAUAAGUGCAAAUGCUUUUAAUUAUUUAUUUUUAAGCCUGUGGACAAAGAACAGGAGACAUUUGUAUUUUAGGCAUGCUUUCAUGCAUUCCAGUAUUUUAUUCUGAACUUUUGGAGUUGUGAUGCAAUAGCAUAGAAGUACAGGGGUUGGAGUAGAUCUCUAAAACUCAAUAAUUUUGAAAUAUGAUUGCAACUUAAUUAAGAACAUAAACAUCCUAUUCAUUUCUUUACUUGCAAUUAUUAAGGAUAAAUAUUUCAUUUUAGUAACUGCAUCUACUUCCUAGCCCUUAAUUUAAUGUUAGAAUUUUCUUAACCAUCAAUUUUUGUAGUCACUACAGUAAUUACCAUUUUCUGCUGUGAAGGUAACUAAAUGAGCAAUUCUUUUUCAA